CGCGCGUCCGGCGCCGGCGGCCAGAACGUGAACAAGGUGUCGACGAAAGCCGAGCUGCGGUUCAGCGUCGACGACUCGAAGCUGCCGCCGGCCGUCCGCGCGCAGCUCCGGGCGACGCACGCGGCGCGGUUGACGAAAAACAACGAGCUCCUCGUCGUCUCGGAGGCGCACCGGACGCAGCGGCUCAACGCGGCCGACGCGCUCGCCCGGCUCCAGGCCUUCGUCGACGCCGCGGCGUCGGCCGCCGCGCCGCGCGCGACGCGGCCGGACAAGGCGCGGCGCAUCAAGGGCCUCGCGAAGGGCUCCGAGAGAAAACGCAAGGACGGGAAGCGGCGCGCG